AAUGGAAUAACAGAGCAAACUCUCCCAUGUCGACGUCGCAACUCGAGUCCCGCAUGCUCACCUUCGAAGCUGGACACGUAGUCGCAACGUGUCGGCUCAGCAGCGUCGCCAGAUGAUGACCCCCAACCUUCCUUGAAUUGAAUCAUCAUCCAUCGUCUUCUCCCCGCUCGCCCCUUUUCUUUGCUCGCUCUCGUCUCUUCUCGAGCUUUUCGGCGAUUCGGUCGAGCCCAUCUCGGAGACAGCAGCCAUGUCGGACGCAGAGGACAUCGACUCGACCUACGAGCGCCUCGACGAGGCGUUUCCGGCGCCGGAAGCCGAAGAAGAAGUGGCGGGACCGGUCUCGGAGCCACCGCAGGAGUACGUCACGUCUAAGCAGCUCGAGGAAGGAGCGAACGAAGCCCGGGAUAAAGCGGGGGACGAUGCGCGGGAUAGAGCGGGGAAGGAGGAGGGCAAAGGGAGGAAGGGUAGAGAUUUAGUGCCGGAGAGCUUGAGCUCGACUAUCGUGUUCUCCGUGGCAGUCGUGGCGGUGGUCGGAGCUAUAAUCGCCAUCGCUAGGAAAUUGAGAGAAACUUGAGUUUCUGAUGCGGAGCUCGGUAGCUCGACGGUUCACUUUGCUCUCUCUCUGUUUUCCUUUUUAUUCUUUUCUGUUUUUUUGUUGAAGAAUCAUUGGGACUUGGUGCAAUGUUGAUUACAUUAAACAUGUUGGGCCCUCUAAAAAUAAUCGAAGUUUAUUUAUAUGUUGGGAUA